CAAUCGCGAGUCUCUAUUCCAAGUGGGCGUGUUUUUACGCGGAAAGACGACACUGUUUUGUUUGAAAGCUUGCGGUAGGCCAGAAUCAGCAGCGUUGAGACGACAGCGUAGAAAUAACUCGUCUGAGUCCCUCGUCCCUGGCUCUUAUCUGUCCAUUCGCCGACGCUUGUUAAACCCCACAUCCCACUUUGGGAUGGACGAAACGAGCCCCCUCGUCUCCCCUCUCCCGGACUCCAUAGAUUACAACUAUUGCCAGAGCGAAGCCACCAAUCCGAGAACGCCGGGUUCUGCUGUGCGAGUGUCGGCUGGGAGCCCGGGACGCAACCGUGAGAGACAGCCGCUUCUGGACCGGGACAGAGGGAAUUCUCCGCGGGAUCCACACAGGAAUGAGUUUCCGGACGACCCGGAGUUUAGGGAGAUCGUGAGGAAAGCAGAACAAGCCAUAGAAGAAGAAAUAUUUCCAGAGAGGAUCUGCCAAGGAUCCAGUGGUAGCUACUUCGUCAAAGACUCUCAAGGGAAAGUCAUUGGUGUGUUCAAGCCUAAGACUGAGGAGCCGUACGGUCAGCUGAACCCAAAGUGGACCAAGUGGCUCCAGAAGUUGUGUUGUCCCUGUUGCUUCGGACGGGACUGUCUGGUCCUGAACCAGGGCUAUCUGUCUGAGGCCGGGGCCAGUCUGGUCGACCAAAAACUAGAGCUCAAUAUUGUGCCCCGGACCAAGGUGGUGUACCUGGCCAGUGAUACGUUUAACUACAAUGCUAUAGACCGAGUCAAGUCUCGGGGAAAGAGGCUAGCUCUGGAGAAAGUUCCCAAAGUGGGACAGCGCUUCCACAGAAUAGGCCUCCCUCCUAAGGUGGGAUCAUUCCAGUUGUUUGUGGAGGGCUACAAAGACGCAGACUAUUGGCUGAGAAGGUUUGAGGUGGAGCCUCUUCCAGAGAACACCAAUCGGCAGCUGCAACUUCAGUUUGAGAGACUGGUGGUCCUCGAUUACAUAAUCAGGAACACAGAUCGGGGGAACGACAACUGGCUGUUAAAAUACGACUGUUCAAUGGACACGGAAGGGAAACGGGACACAGACUGGGUGGUGGUAAAGGAGCCUAUCAUCAGACUGGCAGCCAUAGACAAUGGCUUGGCCUUCCCAAUCAAACACCCUGACUCCUGGAGAGCCUAUCCAUUCUACUGGGUGUGGCUGUCCCAGGCUAAGGUUCCUUUCUCUCAGGAGAUUAGGGACUUGGUUCUGCCCAAACUGGCUGACCCCAACUUCAUCAAAGACCUGGAGGAAGACCUCUACGAACUCUUUAAGAAGGAUCCAGGUUUUGACAGAGGGCAGUUUCACAAACAGAUAGCUGUGAUGAGGGGACAGAUCCUGAACCUGAGCCAGGCCUUGAAGGAGAGUAGGACCCCGCUACACCUGGUUCAGAUGCCCCCAGUCAUAGUGGAGACAGCCAGAGCACCACAGAGAGCCAACAGUGAGUCCUACACACAGAGCUUCCAGAGCAGGAAACCCUUCUUUACCUGGUGGUAGAGGAGAGGAGGCCAAGUAGAAGAGGAGGCAAGAGGGGGAGUGAAGGAGACUCAGGAGGGAGGAAGAAUGAAUAUGGUAGGAUCAGAAAGAAGAAGAGGGGGGAGGAAGAUGAGAAAGGGAGAAUUGAUAGGAGGAAUGAACCAGAUUGAGAGACUGAAGAGUAGAGAGACAAAGGCCAAGUAGAAGGGUAUAAAAGGAGAGAAAGAGGAGGAGAAGAGCUUCGUCCAAAAACCUCUGCCGUAGUCCUGUUUCAUCAGCCUGUAAAGCUCUUCCCCUCUCCCGCUCCAUAGCCAAUAGGGAGCCAGGUAUGUUUACACUUUCCCUGGAAUCCAUCACAUUCACAGUUGUGCUUUAACUACAGACAUUCACCAGAAAGAUGGGAGGGUGGAGAAAGAGAGAUGGAGGAGUUACAUUGAGUAAAGAGAUUAGUUUGUCAAUAUUCAGAAUAUUCAGAAUG